GAUGAAAGGAAAACUGAGUUGUGCAGUUUUAUACUUUUUCGGUUUGUAUGUCAUGAUUCAGGGCAUGACACUGGAUCUACAAAACAUUCAAGAAUAUUAUAAGUGCUGGAUAUAUGCUCAAUGUUUUUCAGAUGGACCAGCGGCGAAACAAUUUGGAAACUGCAUUACGAACAAUUUAACACCAAAAGAUCUCAACGAUACUUAUCAGUCAGCUAUUAAAACAUACGGAAAUUACAAUAGUGACACUUUUGAUGGUGCCGUUAAAGAAAUGUGCAACCAAAAUGAUGAAAAGAGGCGUGAAACAUAUAAGAAUGAAAUGAAUGGUUUCUUCUCUUAUAAAAAGAAAAUAUGUAAUGAUCCAGAUGCUCAAGGUUUAUGCUCAAGACUCAGUGGCUUCGUACAAUGCGCAUCUUCUCUUUUGAAUCGUUUGAAACAGAAUGAUCAAUGCAAAGUCGAUGGACCAAUCCAAAAUUAUGUAUCGGUCUAAUGAUGAUCUUUUCUUUCAAUGUUUAAUUACCUGACUUUCAGUCAUCAAAAAUCAGUAGUAUGUGUGUAAAAAUUUAUAUUUUCGGAUCAAUAAAAAA